AUGGCUAGAUUGCAGCAGAAGAUUGCUGUAAAGAACCCGGUCGUAGAGCUAGACGGAGAUGAGAUGACAAGGAUCAUAUGGAAGAAGAUCCGAGAGGAGCUCAUCUUGCCUUAUCUAGAACUAGAUAUCAAGUAUUACGAUCUAGGACUGGAAUACCGUGAUGCAACGAACGACCAAGUAACGGUAGACGCUGCAAAUGCCAUCCUUGAACACAAGGUUGGUAUCAAGUGCGCUACCAUCACCCCCGACGAGGCUCGUGUCAAGGAAUUCAACCUGAAGCAGAUGUGGAAGAGUCCAAACGGAACUAUCCGUAACAUUCUCGGUGGUACCGUAUUCCGUGAACCCAUCAUCCUCGAGAAGAUUCCCAAGCCCGUGCCUGGGUGGGUCAAGCCCAUUGUCAUUGGACGUCACGCUUUCGGUGAUCAGUACCGUGCAACCGACUUCAUUGCACCAGGCCCCGGGAAACUCCAGCUUGUCUUCACUCCGGAUAACGGAGGCGAGAAGACGACUCUGGAUGUUUAUGAUUUCAAGGGCAAAGGUGUUGCCCUGAGUAUGUACAACACUGACGACUCAAUAAGCGGUUUCGCGCACUCCUCCUUCAAGAUGGCUCUGUCCAAGAAGAUGACGCUGUUCAUGUCGACGAAGAAUACUAUCUUGAAGAAGUACGACGGUCGCUUCAAGGAUAUAUUCCAGGAGAUCUACGACACGCAAUACAAGUCGGAAUUCGAGAAACUCGGCAUCUACUACGAGCACCGGCUGAUCGACGACAUGGUCGCACAGGCAAUCAAGUCCUCGGGCGGGUUCGUCUGGGCGUGCAAGAACUACGACGGCGACGUACAGUCCGACAUCCUCGCGCAGGGCUUCGGCAGCCUGGGCAUGAUGACCUCCGAGCUAAUAACACCGGAUGGCGACGUCGUCGAGAGCGAGGCCGCGCAUGGGACGGUCACGCGGCACUACCGCGAGUACCAGAAGGGCAACGAGACGUCGACGAACCCCGUCGCGAGCAUCUUCGCGUGGACGCGUGGUCUGAUUCACCGCGCGAAGCUGGACGGGAACGACGCCCUCCGCCAGUUCUGCCAGGAUUUGGAGGCGGCAUGCGUGGAGGUGAUUGACCAGGAGGGGAUUAUGACGAAGGAUCUUGCGCUGGCGAUCCAUGGGAAAAAUAUGAAGCGGGAGCACUGGGUGCUGACGAAUGAGUACAUGGAUGCUGUUGGGAAACGCCUCAACUCCAAGCUUGCUUCGCGGGGCGCGAAGCUCUAA